UUUCCGGAAGAGCAACUGGUGCUUAAUGGACAAGGAAGAGAUAUUUGUUUAGGUUUAGUCUGGAGACCGCGUUUACUUUGUUUUUCGUCUCAUAUUCUGGCUCUUUAUAAAUCGUCAGCAUGCCUUUGUUCGCCCAAAAUCCCUUUGACCAAGAUGUCGAGAAAUCAACCAACGAAAACAACACAACAGAUGACUGGGGGCUCAUUAUGGACAUCUGCGACAAGAUUGGAACGACAGCCAAUGGACCAAAGGACAGCUUGAGAUCCAUCAUGAAGAGAGUUAACCACAAAGUGCCUCAUGUCGCCAUGCAGGCCCUCAAUUUGCUGGGUGCUUGUGUGUCGAAUUGCGGCAAAAUAUUCCACCUGGAAAUCUGCUCACGGGAGUUUGCCAGCGAAGUGCGGAGUGUGCUGAGCAGGGCUCAUCCUAAAGUGUGUGAAAAGCUGAAGGCUCUGAUGGUCGAGUGGGCAGAAGAAUUCCAGAAGGAUCCACAGCUCAGCCUCAUCGGCGCCACCAUCAAGUCUCUGAAAGAGGAGGGCAUCAGCUUCCCCUCUGCAUCCUCACAGGGGUCCAACUCAAAGGGCAGCACUCCCGCUGUGAGUAAAGCCUCCGAUGAUGACAACCUGGCGAAAGCCAUUGAGCUGUCCUUGCAGGAGCAGAAGCAGCAGGCAGAAACACGACCCCUGACCGCCAUCUCUGACCCCCCAACCUACACCAACGGCGGUGGAGGGCAGGAAGCCCGGAAGGUGCGAGCGCUGUACGACUUCGAAGCGGCUGAAGAUAACGAGCUGACCUUCAAAGCUGGAGAGCUCAUUCUGGUUCUAGAUGACAGCGAUCCAAACUGGUGGAAAGGAGAGAACCACAGAGGAAUGGGGCUUUUUCCCUCCAACUUUGUCACAACCAAUCUGAAUGCUGAGCCCGAGAUAGUGACUUUUGUUGAAAAGACGUCCAGUCCUGAAGAGACCAGCCUGGAAACCAAAGUCGAGCCUGAGCCUGUCUUCAUUGACGAGGGGAAGAUGGACAGAACGCUGGCACUGCUGCAGAAUGCAGAUCCUGCAGAUCCGGCUCCUGACGCUCCCGAGCUGAUCCAGCUGGAGGGCGCAUGUGAACAGAUGAACCCCCUGAUUGAUGAGAAGCUGCAGGAGAUUGACAGGAAACACUCAGAGUUGUCUGAACUCAAUGUGAAAGUUCUGGAGGCCCUGGAGCUUUACAACAAGCUCAUGAACGAGGCCCCGUUCUACUCGGCAUACUCCAAGAUGCAGACGCAGUACGCACCGGCCGGCUCAGCUGUAGCCAUGCAGGGCUACCUCGGCCCGGCCGGCAAUCCCUACAUGCCUCCAGUGAUGCCACAGGUUCCUCCUGCGCAGGCCUACUCUAUGCCGAGCGACCAGCCCGGACCGCUGCACUCCCUGCCCCCCAGUGUCUCAGCCCCACCCAACAGCCAAGCCGCACAGCCUCCAUACAUGAGCAGCGGUAUGAACGCUCAGUACAUGACCCAAGCAGCUGGAGCUCCGUACCCACACCAGGCGGGCGUGGCCAUGGACAUGUCAGCCUAUCACAACUCCAACAUGCCUCCGGUGUCGUAUCCCGUGGCUGCUCCCGCUCACCAGGCUCCCCAGCAGCAGCAGGCGGCGUAUUAUCAGCAGCCGCUGCUGUAAAACGCAGACUGACCGCAGACCUGAAAUCAACACACACUUCAGAUAUUUCACUUCUCAGAGCUGUUCAUUCAGUUUUCCCUGUGUGGGUGUGUGAGUGUGUGUGAAUCGCUCGAGGAACUUUCCUUUAGCCUUUAUUGUGCCUGAUAAGCUGAAUUGAACACACCCUGCAAAAGCUGAAAUAACUGAGGUGUGUGUGUGUGAGGCAGGUCUGUGGUCUAUCUGGACCCUCUGUGUGCAUGUCCUCAGCUACUGUACGUGAGGCAAACACGGCGUCAGGACUUUUUCUUUUGUCCUUCACUGCUUUUUCCCGGCUGACAGUGAACGCUGGUCUUCAGUCACAGGUCAACACAGAAGAAGAGUCGGGUUUGCCCAAAAAAUACAGGACCAUAUAAUGAUCAGUCGUUGCCUGAUUCUGGCGAAAUUAGCAUUUUACAAUUCAUAGCUCAACACAAUCCCCCCCAAAAAAUGCUAUUUCUGAUUUGCCUCCAUGUCAAAGAAUUCCCAGUGUCCUCUCCUCAGCUGGUUACAUCGUGUCGGGCCGUUUCCACACUAAUGUACAUAAACAAGAAAAAAUGCUUUUUUUUCCACCUUGUCUGUCCGCAGCAGCUGCUGUCUCCUGUCAGCGUCGACACUGGACGUGUUCAGUCACAGAUCUGUUGUGUACCAAGUGUUUUGGCAGGCCGUAUAGCUCAACACAGGAUCAGUGCGGAUACAAGUCAGAGUAGAAUAGACUAAAAUAGUUGCUGGGUCCAGAUUCUUGAAUCCGCCCACUCCACGGAGUUGACUGAUUCGUUUGGCAUCGUGACAUGAAACUGCGGAUUCUUGGUUGAAGUAGAGAAGAGUCCAGUGAGCAUCGUGGGGAAGACUAACGCUGUUUGUGCCGGAACCAAUGAAGAGUAAUAACAAACAGAAAGCACUACAGGCAAGAUAGACGCUGCUAUUGAAGCUGCUCCAAAUCGUUGUCUAAAUAUUGUAUUGCAGUUUUUACUUAUCUCCGCUCCAUUCUUAAAUCCUCGUAAAAGAGCUGAUCCAUGGCUUAGCUGAACCAAACAAUGCUGGCAUCAUUGCACUCCGGUGUUUGAUUACAUGUUGCAUUGUGGCUUGUUGGCAGUGACAUGUUACACAUCCGCAGCUCUUUCUAAACAUUAAUAACAGCCUAAACGUGUCAAUAACAAUCAUUUACCACCUCUGUUAUACCGCGGCUCAUCUCAUGCUCUGCUCAGAGGGUAAUGUGGACAUUUUCAGCAGCUGUUCUCCUUUAUUAGCCGCUAACCCCUAACAGAUACAUUUUAAAUCUCCCUCAGUGAGUCGCACGUGUAACACGUCGUCAAAACUUCACACUUGGCCUCGCUAUGGUCACGUCUUCCGGCUUUGUGUUUUACACAGUCCUCAUUUCAGGGCUGUUACGUCCUGUUCAGACUCUGCUCCCCCUCUCUGCGAUCGCACCUUAUAUACAGAAUGGCGAGGCGGCAAAACAGCUUUAUUCCCACCUUGAACUGGCAGCAUAAAAGUGGCCAGAGUGUAAUGAGUUGACAAUUCUUGCAAAACUUGGGAAACUGAAACAUGUGCUUUGCAUGGAAAAAAGCAAGUGAAGCGUAAGCCUUUGCACGACUGGUUUAGACAGCUAUUUUGAUCAAAACUGAAGCAUAUCUGUUCUGUCAGACGCUUGUGAGACGGAUGAUUGAAAAACAUGAAUAAAAGUCAGAUGCAGGAAUCAAAAGCCCGUUCUGCAGAGUCCAUAAAAUUACACACACCAGUCUCGCAUAGUACAGGGAAACCAAAUUGCUCUUGAAUGUGCGCUAGUUGAUGUGGAUCGCACCCCAUUCGACACCUACUUGGCAUUUUCAAAUGUGUCUGCAUUAAACUAAUAGUUCAACUCUCAAAUGAUCAUUUUUAUAUCGGUUUCUCACCUGUGUUGCCUUGAAUUCGUGAAGAGAAAGCUUUUCUGGCAUGCCUCCACAGUGAACAAAAAAAUCCAAAAAUGGAGAAAUUUCUUCAUUAAUUGAAGUAUAGUAUGCAGUAUAAUCAACUCUCAUUUAUUCAGUUGCAUGUUCAGGAAUUCCCAAUCAGACAGCCCUUUAGGACGGGACCUGAACUAAAAGUGAAACAUACGUGUGCUCUCUUAAAGCCAGACUUUAUUGACAGAAACAGUCAUUUUACGUCGCUGAACACAGGAGCUGCUGGUCGACCACUGCCUCAAUCAGAGAAGAUUUUUUUGUGUUAUUGUGUGACUUUGGUAAAUCUGAACAAACUGUUUUAAAAACCAAAAUCACACAAAACCAUCAAUAAAGUAACUGAUAGAGGCAGUGGUAGACCAGCAGCUCCUGUGUUCAGAGAGGUAAAAUUGGCUUUGAAGGGAGCGAUAUAACGGCUUCGGUUCCUCUUUGGAAAAGGAUGUCUGAUGGCAAUGUAAAGGGGUGAAAAUAUUCUAAAUGUAGUGUACACUUAAACUGAAAUCAAUUUUUUAAGUUGCCAAAAAUACGUUUAGAGACAACCUAAAACAAAAUUGGCAAAAAGAAAAAACAAAACAACCCAUCAAACAAAAAGAAGUAAAGGAACAUAAAAAAAACAA